UAGGCGUCGGUAACCUCACUUUAUUCACGUGUUACACUGGAAUUAUCAGAAAAUGACAGAAGAAAACUGCGUUUUACGGCCAAUGAAUUGUGAAUUAAAUCAGCUCUCCAUGCCAGAUGGAUCAGCUAUGUUCAUGCAAGGUGACACUGCUGUCAUUGCAGGAGUUUAUGGUCCCGUUGAAGGCAGGUUACAAAAGAUGAUGCAUGACAAAGCAAGCGUAGAAGCUGUCUAUAAUCCAGUCAAAGGCCCCCCAAGUAUAAAUGACAGAAUGCUGGAAGUGUACAUUAAAGAAACCUGCGAAACAGGCAUCUUAGUAACACUCCAUCCUGGGACUGCAAUUUGUAUCAAUGUACAAGAAUUGAAUGACUCUGGUGGUUUACUGGCUUGUACUCUGAAUGCAGCUUGUUUAGCCUUAAUUAAUUCUGGACUUUCCAUGAAGUUCAUGAUCGCUGCUGUCACCAGUAUGAUAAAAAGGGAUUCUGGAAUUAUUAUACUGGAUCCAGAUAAUUUGCAGCUGCAGGAUGCCAAAGCUACAUUUACAUUUGCUUUCGACAGCACAAAAAAGAAUUUAAUUACUUGUCAUACAACUGGUAAUUUUACAGAUUUGGAAUUCACAGAUUCCCUACAUAAAUGUAAACAAGCCAGCCAAUAUGUAUUUGAUUUUUAUAGAGAAAUUGUUACAAAGUAUGCAACGAAAAUAUAAGAUUAAUUUUACAAAAAAGGAAAAACAUCUUUUUUUACCGGAUUUCAAGGAAUAGUUGUACAAAUAAUAAAUCUUAUAUUUCGACAAAUA